CCUGAGCAGCAUGGAUGCCCCCCAAAGGGACAUGGAAUUGCUCAGCAAUAGCCUGGCGGCCUACGCACACAUCCGCGCUAACCCGGAGAGCUUCGGCCUCUACUUCGUGCUGGGCGUCUGCUUCGGGCUGCUGCUCACCCUGUGCCUGCUCGUCAUCACCAUCUCCUGCGCGCCCCGCCCGCGGCCGCGGCUCCUCGAAGACGAGGAGGACACCGUGACACGGCUGGGCCCCGAGGACACGCUGCCCAGCCCGGAGCUGUCCGCGGAGCCCGAUGGGACCGUGAGCAUUAACGUCUUCACGUCGGCAGAGGAGCUGGAGCGCGCGCAGCGCUUGGAGGAGCGGGAACGGAUCCUGCGGGAGAUCUGGCGCACCGGGCAGCCGGACCUGCUGGGCACGGGCACGCUGGGGCCCAGCCCCACGGCCACGGGCACGCUGGGCCGCCUGCACUAUUACUGACCGGGCCUCGCUCCACGGCCGGGCGCGCUGGGUCCUGGACGUGCACACGAGCUCGUCGCUGACGCAGGACCUUCCUACCGCCCUGCCGGCCGUGCUGUCGGCCCCGCCCCCGCGGCUCCCACGGUGCUAUUGGGCGCGAUCCCCACCCUCUGGGAGGCGCCUUUCCCCAGUCCUGCCUGAAGACCCUGGGGGGGAGGGCAGGACCCAGGGUCCCCACCCUCGCUCCGGGGACGGUCCAGAGGUGAAGUGACCAAUGAAAGCUGCGUUCUUAGUGA